CAUCACAACUUAAAUGACUAGCAUACAAAAUUAAAAUCAAAUUGUAUACUAAAUACUAAUAUACUAUGUCUAUUAGUCUAACCUCCUUUCUUUCUCGUUUAUCCCUUCCCCAAAUCAAAUCAUUUAUUCCUUGGGCAUGCUGACCCUUUCUUUCCUAUCGUCUCCGCCUCCGUCUCCGUCUCUAUCUCCUCGGACUUCUGCACAACCUACUUCUCCUGAUUGCCUCUUCUUUCCCAGCAACCCAAUAUCUCGACCUGUAUUUGCCACGCUCAUCAAGAAAAAUCACAAUCUUUCCUUACAUCCUGAGCUAGUUCGAGAAUUGAAAAAAUUCGAAAGCAUUGGCGGAAUGAGAACCAUAUCCGGGUUUAACACUCUCCUCAUGUCUCUAGUGUCGGCGGAUGAAUUUGAAUUGGCAUUGAAGCUCAAGUCCAGCUUGUCAUCAUUUUCUGGAUUAUGUCCAGACAGCAGGACAUAUUCAAUUUUAGUGGACUGUUACUGCAAGAAAAAUGAGCCGGCGGAGGCUAAAAGGGUCCUGGACCAAAUGCUGGAAAAGGGUUUUCAGCCCAACGUUGCCACUUUCACUACAUUGAUCCAUUCGUUCAGCAAAAUUGGAAGACUGCGAGAUGCCUACGAGGCGUUCGACAUAAUGUCCAGCAUAGGUUGCGAGCCCACAAUCAACACGUACAAUUGCUUGCUGAAGGGGUUGUGCUAUCUUGGGAGGGUGGAGGAGGCCUAUGCGCUGAUGGAGCGCAUAAGAAAGUCAAAGUCGCCGACCAUGAAACCAGAUAUCUACACUUACACCACAAUGAUGGAUGGGUUUUGCAAGGUGGGGCGAUCAACCGAGGCAUUGGAGUUACUGGACGAGGCCCUGGAGAUGGAGCUAACCCCGAAUGUGGUUACCUACAACACCCUGUUUAAUAGCUACAUCAAGGAGGGGAAGCCGCUGCGUGGUUUUGGGAUGUUGAGGCGAAUGAGGGAGAGGAAAUGCAGGCCUGAUUACAUUUGCUACAGCACGUUCUUGCACGGGCUGCUCAAGUGGGGAAAGACCAGAGCGGCCCUGCAGAUUUAUAAGGAAAUGGAAGGUGCGGACGAGAGGAUGACGAACACACUGCUGAGGGCCUUGUGCAGGCGAUCGAGGGAGGAGAGCGACUUGGUGGAGGAGGUUGAGAGGUUGUAUGAAGAAAUGCGGGGGAGGGGGUGCGCAAUCCGGCCGCCGGGUGGGUAUGAUCUGGUGGUGGACGCCCUUUGCGCCGCCUCCACAGGAGAACGGCAGAAAGGCAAGGCGGUGGCCGCCUACGAGGUGGUGCUGGAGAUGGUGGGCAGGGGGCAUUCUCCCAAGACCUUCACCUUCAACGUGGCCAUUGGAGCGCUGUGCGGUGCUGGGGAGGCUGACAAGGCGGUGGCUCUUCUGAUGCUGAUGCACCGCUGGAGAAACCCCAACCGCACACCUUUUCACCGCUUGAUCCGGCAGCUGAACCAGCGGGGAAGGUCGUUGGAGGCUUCUGCUGUUUAUGGGCUGGCAAUCAAACGGGGACUGCGCCUGCCCCUGCCCCUGCCCCUGCCCCGAACGUCGAGCCAGAUGCUCCCUGUGCCUCCUCCCUCACCCUCGCCCUUGAUAUGAUUCAUAACCUAAGUAAUUAAUUAAUUAAGUUACGUUAAGUUAAGGUUACCAGCCCAGGCCAGGCCAGAAAGAAAGAGGGCCACCUGCCUGCUGUCGAUCACUGUGUUGUGUUGGGUCGUGGCCUUAUUGUUUGUCCCUGCCUAUUAUUAUUAGUAUUAUUAUUAUUAGCCUGCGUGCACCAUAUAAAGUCAGUGAAGCAGCAUCAGCGAAUGCCCGCCUCCUCGGCCUUUUAAAAAUGUGUAAGUGACGACGGUUUGGUAGUAUAAAGAUAAUUCUACGACGGUUAGAUCAUG